AUGUUCAUUGAUAAUUUUAGAAGAAAACGGGAGAUAAACCCUUCAUUCUUCUAUGAUUAUGAAGCUGACAAUGAAGGGAAGUUGAAACAUGUGUUUUGGGCUGAUGGAAUUUGUCGAAAAAAUUACUCUUUGUUUGGAGAUGUGGUUUCAUUUGACACAACAUACCGCACAAACAAGUAUUUUAUGAUUUUUGCACCAUUCACUGGCAUAAAUUAUCAUCGUCUAAGCAUAACAUUUAGGGCUGCUCUUUUGAAAAAUGAAAAAGAAGAAUCGUUUGUUUGGUUGUUUGAGAAAUUUUUGAAAGCAAUGGGGGGACAUAAACCUGUUAUGAUAAUAACAGAUCAAGAUGGGGGUAUGAAGAAUGCAAUAGGAGCAGUUUUAAAAGGGUCGUCUCAUAGAUUUUGCAUGUGGCAUAUUCUAAAAAAACUUUCAGAAAAGGUGAGUAGUUCCAUGGAUGAGAAUAGUGGUUUUAAUUAUCGUUUCAAGUCAUGUGUCUGGAACUCAGAGUCCUUGGAAGAAUUUGAUUUGGAAUGGAAUAAUAUUAUUAGUGAUUACAGCUUGGAAGGAAAUGGAUGGCUUUCUACAAUAUAUGAUCUAAGAAGCAUGUGGAUACCGGCAUAUUUUAAAGAUACAUUUAUGGCUGGAAUUUUGAGAACAACCUCAAGAUCAGAGAGUGAAAAUUCAUUCUUUGGCAACUACUUGAAUCAUAACUUAACUUUAGUAGAAUUCUGGGUGCGAUUUGAUUAUGCUUUAGCAGCACAAAGACACAAAGAACUUUUUGCUAAUAAUAAUACACUUCAUUCUAAUCCAGAAUUGAAGAUGCACAUGAAUUUAGAGAACCACGCUAGAGAGGUUUAUACUCACGAAAACUUUUACAUAUUUCAAAAGAAGUUGUGGAGUGCAUGUGUAGAUUGUGGAAUUGAAGGAACAAAAGAGGAAGGUGAGAAUUUAUCAUUUUCUAUAGUUGAUAAUGUUGUGAGAAAACAUAGAGAAAAAACCGGAACAACAUAA